ACCCAAUCAUUUCGAAAAGGUUGGACCGAUGUACCCAAUCCCUGUAUCGCCAGAAAGGAGUUAAUCGUUGAGUUUUCGUUUCUUGGAGAAUUCACUSGUUGAUUUUUUGUGUACCGUUUCAAAGACAGCACUGAAAUCUUCGUCUGCGAGUUUCAAUUCGGGAUCCUCGCGAGCUUCUCGAAACAACUUUUCCGCMGUGUUCAUCACAGAGUACUCGACACCCGCAGCUUGCGCCAUGUCGCAAGCCAAAGCCAUGUCCUUGUGUGCGUGUUUGAGAGGGAAGUUAGGGGCAUGGUCCUUCACUACCAUCUUGGGUCCCUUAAGAUUGAACAUGGGACUCUGGAUAGCGCCCUGUCCAAUYACUUCAAUCAUUGUUUUCGGAUCCAAUCCCAUUCCUUCCGAAAGAGCUAGCCCCUCUCCGAAGGCAGCGAGCAUUGUUCCCAUGAGUGAAUUGACAACGAGUUUUGCUCGUGUUCCGUAUCCUACCUCGGUCUUGAAAAAGUGACUAGCUUUUCCCAUGGCCUUCAACCCAUUAUCCUUGACCUCGUUGAACAAUUCCUCCGAACCGGCGCACAGGAAAAUGAGAGAGCCUUGGUGUGCGGGUCCCUURGAUCCCGAGACSGGUGCUUCCAAGAACCGCCCUCCCUUCCCGCGAAUGGCCUCGUCCAUUCGAACCAUAUCCGCCUCUGCCAGAGUUGCACAAUCGACAAUWGAUGACCCUUCCUUUAUUCCGGACAAGACACCGCUUUCGCCCUCAAAGACCAUCUUGCUGGCUUCGGGGGUCGACAGCAUGGAGUACGUAAUCCCGCAUUCCGCCACAACUUCCUUCGCAGUGUCUUUGACGACAAUAUUCUUGUCAGCAAAUUUUUCCUUUAGAGCUUCGCACUUGGAUUUGGUACGAUUCCACACAACCAAAGGAGCGGAUUCGGUUCCGGCCACGCCCUCCGACAAGAGUCGUGCGGCCAUUCCUUCUCCCAUGAUUCCCAGUCCGAUGAAUCCAAUCGACGAUGACAUUUUUAAUACGGUAAUUGAGUUUGACGUCGUGGAUAUUUUUGCGCGCUGUGAURAUCUUCACGGUAGAAKCAACAUUUGAGUACAAAAGGUCGAAAGAAAUMAAAAAGUUCGAU